UGCUGCUGGACUCGCGUCCCUCCGCUGUGUUUUCCGAAUUCCCAAGAUGAUGAUACAGGAGCUAACGCCUGACAUGGUGGAACCCGUCGAAGCUCCUACUUCCGUGCCGAACGAGUUUGAGCGUCUGGUUGAGGAGCUAGAGCAGGGACCAAGCUCUUUCGGACUUGACAAAGUUGAUGCACUCUCUUCAGCAGCUUUGGCCUUUUCUUCUAGUUCCGAUGCUGGGAAGACAACUGAGAUGUGGAAGCUCAGCUACCGGAUAUGGAACGCGUGUGUAGACAUAUCUAACAGAAAGGAGCUAACCACCGCUGAAAAGGAGAAGAAUGCCAAACUCCGCAACAUUGCAGCAGACGUCCUUCUGGCUGCUGGAGAAAGCUCUGCCGUGCAUUCCAGCCUUUUGAAGAUUGCAAUGUUCUUUCAAAGAACUGGCUGCUUAUGGAUUCAACUCAAUCGGUUUGAAACGGCGGAAGCUUGCUUGGCGAAAGCCACUGAACUUUGCACCAAAGCCAAAGACGUGAUCAAGGACGAUGAUCCUGCCAUUCAGCAUGAGCUAACAGUUCUGAGUUUCGACGUUCAUGUCGCCAGGGCCAAGGCUUCGUGGGAAGUUAAUCAGACUGCGCUGGCCAGUAACAUCCUCGGUCGAGCUCUGCUUCUUCUACCACAGCUGCCAGAGAAGGCGGUCGACCUCGCUGACAUGUACCUCCAGUUCGGGAAGGCUGUCUUGAACGCUUCUUCCGGUUCUGAGGGCGCAGUGAACGCAACGUCUUACUUUGAAAAGGCUUUUGAGAUAUGUUCUGACGGCAUUGUCAGUUUGCAGUUUGAAGGAAAGAUGGCCUGCAAGAAGGCUAUGGCGGAUCUUCGAGAUCGCACUUUAAGAUAUCUGGCUGGAGCUCACGUCCAAUGUGGCCGUUAUGAGGACGCACUCAAGUGCACAUCGAUCCUCAAGUCAGGAUUCCCCCUACAUCCAAGCGUUCCAUUCUUGGAAUUGAAGGCGCUUUCUGCACUUGGGAAGCAUGAUGCUGCUGAAGAGGAGCUGUCUAAGCUCACCGAUGGAGACACAGCCAAAGUCGAUAUCGUGGGUGCAGCGAUUGAAAUUAUUACAGCUUCGGGAAGCUCUAGUUCAGUUCCAGCUGCAAAAACGGCGUUCUUCAACACGCUCAACAAGUUCCCGAGUUGUGGAAAGUUCUCACGUCAGUUCUUGACCAUCCUUGUCCAACAAGGCGCUUCUCGUUUAGCCUGUGUGGAGGCAGCCAUUGAAGUCGGACAAGACCAUAGAGUAGUGGCAUCCUUGUUAUCAAAGACCAAAAGCCUUGGAGUCCUGGUCCACGACGACAGCAGCGAUCAACAUAGUGUGCACGCGCUUUUCUGGAACUGCGGUUCUGAGCAAUUCUCACGGAAGAAUUACACGAUGAGUGUUAAGCUGUUUGAGACGAGUCUACUUUACCUUGAGGACGACAGGCAAGAGCAACGAGCUAAAGCACUCCGUGUUAUUUGUCUCUGCCACAUGGGAUUGCUCCAGUAUGAUCGAGCUUCUGAGUGCAUUCAGCUGGCUGAAGAGAUCGAUCCAUGCAUUGCCUCGGUCUUUUUGAAGCAAAAGAGUGAGGCCAGGGCAGCCCAGGACGUCGAGAAAAUGAUAUCCUGCAAGGAUUUUGAACCUGAUUACCUGGCAUUGGCAUCACAUGAGGCUUUGGCGAGCGGGCAGAGCAGGGUUGCAGUUCAGGCACUUCGUCAGUUGCAGAAGCUUAUAUCCGCUGGAACCAAGAUUGGAAUGGUUGAAGCCGUUGUGGUCAGGAACAUCAUCACUUUGGUGACUGAGAAGGUCGGGAACAUGGUUGAAGCUCUGGAGUUUUUCCAAGUAGCAAUCAGCAGGGUUGCAGCCAUCGGUACUGAAGGAUUCUUUGCAUUACUAGCUGACGGUGACACUAGUGAAGCCAGCUUGAACAAGGCGGCAACAACACUUGAGAAGUGCCAAAAGAUUAUGAGUAAAUGCAAGGCCGAAGGGCAAGACACUUCUGGCACUUUCUUCCAACUGCUCAUGUUUGAUGUGAAAGGCCGGCAGAAAGACUGUAAAGGGCAACAGGAGAUCAUCGAGAGAUGCAGGGCUAUGCCUGGCUUCAAGGCCGAGCACUUUUUCCAGAUGGGCUUGCAUUCAGCACGUGAUUGUGCAGACAGCACAGUGGCAAGUGCAGCAUUCAGUGCAGGACUUCACAUGAUGAUGACCAGCAAGUCACCUGACUACAGGGUGGUGGCGGCAAUGUACCGGAAGCUCAUAUCUCUGGCAGAUAUUCAGACCAAGGAUGGGGUGCAAGUCUAUGAUCUGUAUAUGGAGGCACACCAACUCCUGAUUGGUCUGCCAGCUGAAUCAUAUCCCAGGGAUGAGCUGCAUUGGCUGAUCUCUACAGCAUGGAAUCGAGCCCCUAUACUUGCGCGCUUCCGGCGAUUUGAAGAGGCAGAGAAGUGGAUGAAGCUUGCCAUGAAGCUUGCAGAGCGAGCCCCUUCUAUGGAGUCAAGCAGGCUCAUGAUGUCAGACGCUGUUGCUGAGGUUGAGCUGAUGAAAAACCAGGAGUCCAACCCCAUGGAAGAGUAAAGACUGAUGGAUUGAUUGCUUUUUGUUUUCCUUCGAUUCUUUGCAAAGCUUGAAGAGCUGCAGAAGUGGGUCAGCUGUUAGAGCAUUCUUGGUUCA